UCGAAUUUGACCGUGGAGAAAAAUAAACUAAUUUGAUCCGUUGGAUGUAAUCCAGCCAGCAAUGAACGGCUGUGAUUUCUUGAAUUGAGGCGGGCAAAGGCAGAUUGGGCCUUUAAGUAGAGGAGCAAAGUAGCCCAUCGAUCACAGGCUUCGAGCUUUCUCUCUUCCUCCCUCUUUGCACUUUGUGUUUCUCUUCUCGUUUUCGCUCUCUCGGUGAAGAAGAAUAAUAGCGAAGAGGGGUUUCUGUUGAAUCUCUCUUUCUCUGGUUUUGUUCGAACCAAGGGCUCAGGCGCGAGAUCCAGGUUUUGAAUGAGAUUUCUUGCGACGUAUAAACCUCGUUACUAGGGUUUUAUCGCACAUUGUGUUUGUUCGCGUCGAUGCAUUUAUUUAGCUUCGAUUCGAUCUAGGGUUUUCGCUUCUGGGGGUUUUUGCUCGAAGGAGCUUAGUUUAUUUCUAGGUUUGGAAAGGUUAAUAACUCAGCCAACUUUGGGUCUUCAGGCUUUUAAUCAAAGCACCAUCCAGAAUUUCUCUUGCUAUUGAAGAUGUCAAUAAAUUUGUGUUACCGACCAAUUAAAUUGUAAAUUUGAUUUGUUGUCCCUUCACAUUACACUCAGGAGGACUAAUAAGUUUAGUGAUACUUUAUGAUUUGAUAUUAAUCUGAAACUUCGAUGAUAUUGCAAGGAAAGGGAUCAAUACUAUUGAAAAGAAGGGACUUCUAGUGUUUCUGAGCUGCAAUUAUUGUUCUUUUGAAAUCAUUCUUGAAGCUUUAAAGAAUUUUAAUAAAAUGGGACAUGUGGAGAAAUCAAAGCUAAUUAUAUUGUUAAACAGAAGAUGAACAUUGUCAUGAAUUUGUACACUUUGGAUAACAUGAAUUUUUGAAAGUGAGGCAAAGGAUUUGAACUUUAUUGUUAAAGUUGUCAUGUGCAAUCAUUUGGAGUUAAUCUUAUGGCACCAACUGUUCCCAUAGAGUUCGUUGGACAGAAAGAAUCCAAGAAGUGUUGCCUUUCACAACCGAUGGGAAAAUCAAGGAAGUACUCUAAAGGGCAUUCCUCUGGUUUUGUUCCCGAUUACCGGCAUGCUGUUGAGACUGUGGGUGAAUCAGAGGGGUUCGGAAGUUCAGGGCGGGUUGAUACUGAGAUGACAGCAUCCGAGGAUUCCUAUGCUCCCAAGAGGAAAUGUAUAAGUCUGAACCUUGAUAGUUAUGAUGGUUUUGGUGUCCCAACGCAAGUCUUGUCUUUGUCAAAGAUGUCACGGUCAGAGAGGAAGGAGUUAGAACUUAGGUUAAAAAGAGAACUUGAGCAGGUCAGGGUCCUUCAGAGAAAAGUGGCAUCUUUGAGUUCAAAUGCAGUUUUAUUGUCGCCUUCUAGUGACAUUAGAAGUUGCAGUGAUGGGCAAAAGAGGCCUCCACUAGAGGGCUUGCAUAAGUCUUUUGAAGUAUCUGCUCCACAGAGCAAGAAACGGGCUCCUCCAGGCCGCAAUGGGGCCCGGACAAAAAAGAGUACGCAUGGUCGUUUGGAACCACCAAAAUUGGCUGCACCAAUGAGUACACCUAAUGCUAUUUUGAUGAAACAGUGUGAGACAUUACUAGGCCGUUUGAUGACACAUCAAUUUGCUUGGGUUUUCAAUGAACCAGUUGAUAUUGUGAAGUUGAAUAUACCAGAUUACUUCACUGUCAUUAAACAUCCAAUGGAUUUCAGUACAAUAAAGGGCAAGAUUGCUUCAGGUAGAUAUUCAAGUCCGCUGGGGUUUGCUGCAGAUGUGCGACUAACUUUUGCAAAUGCUUUGAAGUACAACCCGCCUGGAAAUGAUGUCCAUUUCAUGGCUGAGGCACUUAGUAAAUUUUUUGAAGUGAGAUGGAAAUCUAUAGAGAAGAAGCUUCCAGUGACCACUAAUAUGGAAUCAUUGCCUCCUAAAGUUGGUGUCCCUAUGGAAAUGGAAAAAAAUAUUGGAGUACUGCCUUCAAAAAAGAAGAAAGUAGCACAUAAUGACAAUAAGGUUAAGUCCGGCCCUGCACCUACAAGGCGUGUUAUGACUAUCGAGGAGAAGCGUGACUUGAGCACAGAAUUGGAGGCAUUGCUGGGUGAAUUGCCUGAGAACAUUAUUGACUUUCUACAAAAGCACAGUCAAGGUGCUGAUCAGACUGCUGAGGAUGAAAUUGAGAUUGAUAUUGAAGCUUUCAGUGAUGAGACGUUGUUUAAAUUGCGGAAGCUUUUAGAUGAUUAUGUACUUGAGAGACGGAAAAAUCAGACCAAAGCAGAACCAUGUGAAAUGGAGCUUCUUAAUGAGUCAGGGUUUAGCAAUUCGUCAUUGCAACAAUGCAAAGGCAAUGAGCCGGUUGAUGAAGAUAUUGAUAUUGUUGGUGGGAAUGAUCCGCCUAUUUCAAGCUAUCCUCCAGUAGAGAUAGAGAAAGAUGCAACCCAAAAACAAAGUAAAUACAGUAGUUCAAGCAGCUCUAGUAGUGAAUCAGGCUCUUCUUCGGAUGAUUCAGAUUCUGGCAGCUCAUCUGGCAGUGAAUCAGAUGCAGCUAAAGCUUCAGUUCCUAGUGCUGUGACCAAGGAAAAUGUGGGAGAAAACUUAGAGCAGAAAAAAAGUGGACUUGGUGAUCCAGGUGUUGGGAAUCAAUGUACAAAUGGAUUGGCCAAAAUUGAGUCAAAUUCCCUGGGUAAGCCAAUUAUUGCUGAGACAGAUAGCUGCCAAGAGGGGGAGAGUGCUCCAUCUGAGAGACAAGUCUCCCCCGAUAAGCUCUAUCGUGCAGCUUUGUUGAGGAACCGGUUUGCUGACACUAUACUUAAAGCUCGAGAAAAGGCACUUGAAAAGGGAGAAAAGGUGGAUCCUGAGCAAUUGCGGUUAGAGAGGGAGGAAUUUGAGCGGCGGCAGAAAGAAGAAAAAGCUCGGUUACAAGCUGAGGCCAAGGCUGCUGAAGAAGCUCAAAGAAAGGCUGCAGCUGAAGCUGCAGCUGAGGCAAAAAGGAAGAGGGAACUGGAAAGAGAAGCUGCACGUCAAGCAUUGCAACAGAUGGAAAAGACCGUUGAGAUUAAUGAGAAUGGUCAGUUUUUGGAAGAUCUGGAAAUGUUCAGGACUGUACAUGAUGAAGAGUUGCCAAGUUUCAUGGAGGUGUCUAGCCCAGAUUUCAAACUUCAGGGAAGUAGUAACCCACUAGAAAAACUAGGGCUCUACAUGAAGAGAGAUGAUGAUGAAGAAGAUGAAGUUGAACCGCCAAAAAGUGUUUUGGAGCUGGUAAAAGAUGUGGAGGAAGGAGAAAUCGACUGAUGAGAUUACUAUUUUUAUUAUUCUGUCGAUGAAGAAGCAUUUUACGAAAUGGCUCUCCUGAAAGCUAUGGAUUUGCAUUUCUUAUAUCCUCCCAUCUCACCAUGGAUUGUCCCAUGGGAAAUGCUAUAUUGUGGCCUGUUCCUAUUUGAUGGCAGGCAUAAAAGUGCUAUGAAAAUAAUGGAAGUGAAGAUGCUCAGAGGAAUCAUUAUCAGCAGUUAAAAGUUAUGGAUUACCUGGGUGAUCUGUGUUGGGGAAGAAGAAAUUGGAAAGAUUGGACACCAAAGAGGAGGAGGAAGUGGGAUUUUGUUAAUUUUCUCUUGUGGUUUGUAAAAAGUAAGUUGUAGCUUGUAAUGGAUAUGAUAUGAUGCACUUUUUGACAGCUGCAUCUUCUUAGGAGAGAAAUUUUAUUUUGUUUGGACUAGGAGAAGCAAAGAAAGUGGGUGGGUGGGUGUAAGAUCUUAUGUCAAUUUUAGGGAGGAGAGAGUAAAAGCUAGGAAAUUGUAAUAUAUUCAGAGUUGAGAUGGAUUUGUCAUUCAUUUAAUUCCUUUUUUUUCAUCAGUUUUUUUCAAGUCUAAAUGUAAGUACUUUACUGUGGAAUGUGGAUAAUAGUCUGGUCUGGACUGGAGUAAUGAAAUUUUUUAUUGUGAUUUUAUUUUGUA